UUAGUCAAAUAACAUCAAAAUUAAGGAACAGCGACACAACCGAAGCCGAAGACUUUCAGUAUAAAAGUGUGGUGUGACUCUUAUUUUGUAGUAACGCUGUCAAACUCAGCUGUGUCCCUCCUCCGGGUCUGAGCCUCCGUCUCUCUCACUCCGCUUUAUCGCUGUUGUUUGUGCUCUUUUACCAACAAAUGAGCGUGUUUAGUAAUGAAUUGUUUUGAUCAGUAAUUGAUUAAUUAAUUCAUUUUACCGCCCGGAAACUGGAGGACCUGAUCGAUUUCCAGCUCAGACCGACGGAGAGCUGCUUCUUCUCCCUCAGGACUCUACUUCUCCCAGCAGCGGUUUAAUGUUCGGCUCAUCUGACUGAACGAUAUAUCUGUCGAUGCUCAUGUUCAUGGCUGUGUCUAAAAGUGCGGGCACUCUGCGGGACCUUCAGCUCGCUCUGCAGCUGAAGAUCGAGGAGCUCCGGCAGAGGGACGCUCUCAUCGACGAGCUGGAGCUGGAGCUGGACACCAAGGAUGAUCUGAUCAGGCAGCUGCAGAUAGAGCUGGACAGGCAUCGCAGCGCCUCGCAGCAGGCUGCCAGCUCCACAGAGACAGCAAACACAGAAGGAGCAGCGGUUCAGACUCCAGCAGCUCCUGAUGAACCUCAGCGCACCAAGAGACAGGCCAUCUCAGCAGAGCCCACGGCCCUGGACCCCUCCCAGCUCACCGACGUCACCCUCACCAGCUACUGCAAGACCAAAGAGUCCAGGGAUCUGAUCCAGAGAGCUCUGAUGGACAACGACUUCAUGAAACAUCUGGAACAGGGGCAGAUCCUCACCAUCAUGGACUGUAUGCAUCCCACCAGCCUCGCCAAAGGCUGCUGUGUGAUCCAGGAGGGAGACGACGGCUCCACCUUAAGACUAAAUGUUGUAUUUGUACUCACAGAGGGGAUGGUGGAGGUGACUAAACAAGGGAAGAAACUGUGCUCCAUCGGUCCAGGAAAAGUGUUUGGAGAACUCGCCAUCCUGUACAACUGCACCCGCACAGCUACUGUAACAGCCCUGACUGACAUCAAGCUCUGGGCGAUUGACCGUCAGGGUUUCCAGACCAUCAUGAUGAGGACCGGUCUCAUCAAGCACUCGCAGUACACCGACUUCCUCCGCAGCGUUCCCUCUUUCCAGUCGCUACCUGAGGACGUUCUCAGUAAACUGGCUGAUGUUUUGGAGGAGACUCAUUACAGUGACGGUGAUUACAUUAUCCGUCAGGGAGCCACCGGAGACACAUUCUUCAUCAUCAGUGAAGGACAGGUGAAAGUGUCUCAGCUGAACUCUGCCAGUGACGAGCAGGUGAUGGUGAAGACUCUCUCCAAAGGGGACUGGUUUGGAGAGCAGGCACUGAAAGGGGAGGAUGUUCGAACAGCCAGUGUCACAGCUGUGGGAGACGUCACAUGUCUGGUCAUUGACAGAGAGUCUUUCAAACAGCUGAUUGGAGGACUGGAUGAUGUCAACAGCAAACAGUACGACAGUGACGAGGUCAAGGCAAAGCUGCAGGCAGAGGCAGAUUUCUUCUCCAGUGUCUCACUUAGUGAUUUCAACAUCAUCUGCACCCUGGGGAUGGGAGGCUUCAGUCGAGUGGAGCUGGUGCAAUUAAAGAACGAUCCCAAUCGAUCGUUUGCCCUCAAAGUGUUAAAGAAACGUCACAUCCUGGACACCAGCCAGCAGGGCCAUAUCCUGUCGGAGCGCCGCAUCAUGAUGGAGGCUCACAGUCCUUUCAUCAUCAGGUUGUACCGGACUUUCAGAGACCCCAAGUAUCUGUACAUGCUGCUGGAGGCCUGCCUCGGAGGAGAGCUGUGGACGCUGCUGAGAGACAGGGGUUCGUUUGAUGACGGCACCACGCGGUUUUACACGGGCUGUGUCAUCGAGGCUCUGGCUUUCCUGCACUCCAGAGGAAUCAUCUACAGAGACCUCAAGCCUGAGAACAUCAUACUGGACCACCGAGGAUACGCCAAGCUGGUGGACUUUGGCUUUGCCAAGAAGGUGGGUCUGGGGAAGAAGACGUGGACAUUUUGUGGGACUCCUGAGUACGUCGCCCCUGAGAUCAUCCUGAACAAAGGCCACGACAGUUCAGCUGACUGCUGGUCUUUGGGAAUUCUGGUGUUUGAGCUGCUCAGUGGCAGUCCUCCGUUUUCCGGCUCUGAUCCCAUGAAGACCUACAACAUCAUCCUGAGAGGCAUCGACAUGAUCGAGUUUCCAAAGAAGAUCACCAAGAGCGCCGCGAACCUCGUCAAACGACUCUGCAGGGACAACCCUUCAGAGAGGCUGGGAAAUCAGAAGAAUGGAGUGAAGGACAUCCAGAAACACAAGUGGUUCGAGGGCUUCAACUGGGACGGCCUCCGUCAGGGAACCAUAGACUCUCCGUACACACCCACAGUGGACGGGCCACUGGACAACAGCAACUUUGACUAUUUCCCAGAGGACACGGACGAUCCUCCUCCUGAUGAAGAGUCCGGUUGGGACCUUGAGUUUUAACAGGAGCUGCUGUCUGAGAACUGAACAGAGAGAAGAGAGGGAACAGGACUCUUCAGACAGAGGGAGUGAAGCCAUAUGAGAAGGAGCUGCAGCUUUUUAUCUCUUCUUCAUCUCUUCUGACUAAGACGUCGUAUGUCGAGGAUACAGUCAAACUAUUUUCAAGAAACAUCUCCAGAUUAAAUUGUAACUUUACAAAAAAUAAAACUGAAUAUGUCUAGAAUGAGGUUAGAAAAGUCAGAAUAUCACAACCAAACCUUAUUGUUUUAAAAUGAAUCAGAUUCAAACACUGAAAAGCUGCUGAUGGACUAAAAAAGCUACAGGGAAUGUUGAUGCUAAAUCUGCCUCUGGACUGUGGUUUGUUUCCUCUGUUUAAUUCACUGAAACAACAUGUUAGUUUUUCCAGACUGAAUCUUUAUUUCAGUGCAUCAUCUGAGACUAAUCUGUUGAUUUCCCCUCAGGCCUUCUUUAUGGUCUGUCUGUUUGUAUUGUACACUUCAGUAUGGAGGUGGUUUACCUUAAACGUGUCGCUGAAACUCUCAGAACAUCUCUAAACCUGACAGUAACACGUCCUUGGUUGUGGUUUGUUGUUUACGAGGACGUUCAGUUACAGUGUUCGUCAGGCUCUGAAAUGAAUCAGGGAAUUAAUUAAAGCUUCAUGUAUCUGUCUGUA